AUUUAUAGGUAUGGACGCAACAUUUUGUAAAUGAUAUGAAAUGAGUCGGAAUAUAUUCAAGAGAGGUUACACAAUCGUUACUGCCGCACAACUGAGUUUUUCAUUCAUCGCUCUCUUCGUUAGCUCAUUUAUCUGGAACAACAGUGACGUGUACAUCCAACUCGGUUACAACGGCUAUGGAUGGCAGACGCUAGUUGUUGCAUGCUUGUGUCUCAUUUGGACGGUUAAUCUAAUUAGUUCACUUGCGCAAUUAAGUGGCACAAAUGUAUUCCAAGAAUACGGUAAAUUCAAGUUACUGAUCAUUUAUGGAUUUUGCGCAUUAAUGGCUAUUGUUGCUGCUGCUUUAGAAACUUGGAACAGCAAACUAGCAGCAAAUGCCGAAAACAGUGUUCUCCAUCCACGCUUUGUUAUCACUGCUGUGUUUUGUUGGUUGCUUGUUGUAUCGCAUGCUACCAUGAUUUUAACCAUUUUGUUUACAUAAAAGCAUGAAAUGGACCGAAAAUAUCACCAAUUUCUUCUACGUAAUACUCUAUUUGCUCACUUUAAUGUAUCAGCUCAGUAAAAUGGCGAUUUACAACUUGAUAAAUCAAAUUUAUGCAAAUAAUCUUAGAUAUCUUCUAAUAAUAGUGGGUGGUGUUGACAUUCAAACUGAUGAAUGUAAAAGUGAGG